ACGACGACGGCUGGCGUGAUCUGACGCGGGUGGGUUCUCCACUAUGACCGACUCUGAAGUCCUUCACUUCCACUUCGAGCAACAAGGAGAUGGCAUACUGCACAAGAUGAACAUGCUCAGAGAGCAAAACCUGUUUUGCGAUGUGUCUAUAUAUAUUAACGAUGCCGAGUUCCACGGACAUAAGGUGGUCUUCGCCGCCUGCUCCACCUUCAUGAGGGAUCAGUUUUUGCUGAACCAGUCCAGGCAGGUCCGUAUCACCAUACUACAAAAUGCGGACGUGGGUCAGAAGCUGCUGCUCUCCUGCUACACCGGGGUUCUGCAGGUAAAACGAAAAGAACUCCUGAAAUACUUAACGGCGGCCAGCUACCUGCAGAUGGUCCACAUCGUGGAGAAAUGCACAGAUGCCCUCUCUCGGUACUUACACAGUGAGACAUGUGACAACAUGGAGACACUAAAGUCAGAGCAAAACCUUCCUAGCGAGCCUCAGAUUGACGCCGGCAGCGACCAGGAUAGAGACUGCGAGAUCAUUGAACUGUCAGAAGACAGCCAGUUAAAUUUAGAUUACCAGGUUAAGAAAGAGAACGACCAGGAACAGAUGCAGAGCCCCGGGUCUAAAAACGAUGGCCUCUCGACGGCGGACCUUGACUACAAAGAAAGCGACAUCUGCGUUUUCCAAAUGGGCUCCAUGUCUGAUAAUGCAAACAACGGGGACGGUGAGCAGUUCCCUCAGCCCUGCACCUCGUCAAAGUCCAAUAUGUAUUUUUCGGACACGCAGCAUUCGAUAAUAAACUCAACUGUUGAAAAUCGUGGGGCUGAUCGGCCAGGCGGUCCAUACCUGAGUUACCAGGAAGGGGGUGAGUCAUCCCUUGGGGCAAUGCAAGGCCUCCCGAGUACAGCAGAGUGGUCUUCUUCCUGGAGGCAUCAGUGCCCAAAGUGCCCUCGUGGCUUCCUCCACUUGGAGAACUACAUCCGCCACCUGAAGAUGCACAAGUUGUUUUUGUGCCUGCAGUGCGGAAAGACGUUCACUCAGAAAAAGAACUUGAAUCGACACAUCCGGGGCCAUAUGGGUAUAAGGCCCUUCCAGUGCUCCGUGUGUCUGAAGACUUUCACCGCCAAGAGCACUCUACAGGACCACCUCAACAUCCACAGCGGGGACCGACCUUACAAGUGCCAUUGUUGUGACAUGGAUUUCAAGCACAAGUCAGCCUUGAAAAAACAUCUCAAUUCGGUUCAUGGGAAAGGCGGGGGAGAUAAAUCAAACCUGGACAUUACAAAAGUCACCAUAGAUUAUGACUAGUCUAUGCUGUAGAACAUCAGGGGUAGUCAAACUCGGGCCCUCCA